GGUAGCCGCGAAGGACAAACCCGCCCCGUCGUCCCACGUGUUCUCUCAGUUUGUUGUCAUUCGCCUUUUUAUCUCUGAGUCCUGAGAGGAUAAUAACUAUAUAUUUUUACUUGUUUACCCUGCUUGUACUAUUAGCUUAAACAUGGACGGAAAAGAAGAUGAAGAUUGUGUGUUUCUGGAGAAUGUUUUGGAUAAACUGUAUGAGUUUGAUGAAGGACCGGCAUCGAAAAAGAAGCUCAGGUCUCAGAAGAAGAAGAAUAAACGAAAAAGAUGUGAGGAAGAGGAGGAGGAAGAAGAAGAGUUCCCUGCAUUCAAGGAUAUCUGCAGUGACACUGAACACAACGGAGCAGAUGAUGAACACCAGCAGCAACAACCAGAGACUGAGCAAACAGGUCCGACCGUCCGGCAGGUGAGUCAGGUGGAGGUCGUGACCUUUCAGGACCCCAGAAAGAAACCGAGAACCAAGCAGACGCCAGCCUCCGACAAAGUGCCUGCCCUUCAGAAGAUAACAGAGAAGAAAGAAAGUGACCAGCCAGAAGAACUCAGUUUGGAAAAGGCUCGUCUCGAGGUGCAUCGGUUUGGGAUCACCGGCUAUAAGAAGGAGCAGCAGCGUGUGUUUGAACAGGACAGAGCCGUCAUGCUGGGGGCCAGACCUCCUAAGAAGGACUACGUCAACUACAAGAUGCUGCAGCAGCAGAUCAAAGAGAAGAAGCAGAAAGCAAAGGCGGAGGUUCAGCCGGACCUGAAGAAAAAGAAGAAGCCGAGUAAUCAAAGGGACAAGAAGAAGAAGGUGUCCUCUGGUUCUGGUUCUGGAUCGGCCCCCACAGGUCAGGUGGGCCGCUUCAAGAACGGCAUGCUGAUCCUCAGCUCCAAGGAGAUCCAGAAAAUCAAAGGCAACAAGAAACGCAAAUAGGUGAGCGAUUAAAUCCUCCAGGAUGGGAAACAAACAGACCAGAGGAAGAACUGCCAGUGACUCAGCUUACUGCAGGACUGUUUGCAGCGUUAGGAGGAGGUGGCCGAGAGCCGAAUACAACGUGAACUGAUUUCCAGAGGACUCGUCUGGAGGCAAACUGCUGAGUCAAGAAUCUCCAAAAGGGACCCUGAAUGCAACACAGUGGCAGGACGUUAAUGCACCAAACUGGAGACUUUUGUCAAAUCAUAUUCCAUCACAGUUAAUUUAUUUUGUUUUUAUAAAUGACCCAAAAAAAAAAGAAGACAUUUGCGUUUCUCAUGUUUUUACACUGUAAAGGUUUUUAAAUUAUGCAGUUACAAUGCAUUUCUCAUAUACAAACCAUGUAGUCGUACAAAACAUUUACAUUUACAUCGGCAGGAAGGGGAGGGGAUCAUAACAGGACAGAUGGGGGUAAUUAUUAAAAAAACUAAAUGUACUCACAAGUUAAGCCCUGGCAGACGAUUUCAUGAAGAAACACACAUACAAACAUGACAAAGUCCCUUUUUAAACCCUUCACUGUAUGUACACGACUUCUUGACAGCCUCAAGAAGCUGCGUUCUAGUUGUAAACAUUACAGAUCUUUACAGAAAACUCAUUUUCAUUUUGUUAAAAGGGAAAACAAAAAGAUUUUGAGCGACGACGACGAUGACGAUGAUGGCGAAACAAGAGGUGUGAUCUGGCAGUGUGCGGCUGGGUGAGGUCACAAAUUCUCACACCGUUUUCUUGAAGCAGCUUUCGUGUUAUUUAUACAUUUCAAAAAAGAACGAGGAAAUAUGAAGCUUAUCUGCAGCGCAUCGUUUCAAGCUGUAAGCUGUUUUAUAUUGAGAUUUUGUCAACCAUAGACAGUUUCAUAAAUAUAAUCAGUAGCCAUUCAACCUUUUAUACUCAACAAAAUUGAAGAGGGCAUUAUACAAAAAGAAAAUAAAUAUAUUUACAUACUUUAUAGAGUAAAUAAAAUCUGCCAUUCUUCAAGUUAAAUAGCUAACAGCAGUGACAUGCUUUUCCCCCAGCACCAGAAGUUAAAUUAAAUCUCACAUUCAUGGGUGGGUAAGUGUUGGGGUCAAGGGACAUGCACUCUUACAAUACCAUAUCUAGACAGGAGUGACUACAAUGUGACUUUAAAUAUGUGAUUUUUGCCUCAUAAAGUAUUGUUUUGAUAUAAAAAAAAAACUAAAUGAAAAGGUGUAACCUCAUUAAACCUGUCUGACUUUCUGAACCUCCACCUAACACCUUCAGCUUUUAUUCCCUCCAUUUAUAAUUCCCUCGGCGUCAUUUUGACAUCAACGCAGCCCGCAGACAUGUAACCCCAAAUCAUGCAGACGUUCAGAUGAAGGAAAAGGUUCCCCUCUGGUUACAUGAUAGAUGUCUCACUUUUGCUCGUGGGCCCUAAAUCUAUUCCUGGUUACGGCAGACUCGACCCCGGGGGGCAGGUUUCUCCUCUGGUGUUGUGGGAGGUGGGAGGACGGUCAGAGAGGAGCAGCCUCACAUGAUGUAAAUGUAGACCUCGGGUGGAAAGCUGGCAGUCUGGGGCACGUCAGGAAAAAAUCCCCCUUUGGCGGAUCGUUAGAUGUUUGCUUUCUGGGUCGGGAGUCCUGACUUUGACAGUAAUGCUGCAUUCAUGUCAUGUGGAGAGAGAUGGCAAAUGUAGGCGCUAGUUUCAGUUUGGUAGACAAUAUACAGAAGGCUAAUUUAAUUUAAAAUGUUUAUUUGGAUUUUAUUGCCUGGAUUUAUCGUUAGCAAUGAAAUGCUUCAUUAAAUCGGCAAUAACUGCUUUUUUUGACCACUUGGGAGCAGCAAAAUCAAAGCAACAUUAUCAUUAAUUUGGAGUCGUGUUUUUGUCCAACAGACAAAUUAAGCUAAAAGAUUCACUCUCCCUGUAGCUCUGUUUUUGAUCUCCACCAACUCCUGAGGGAAAUAUCUGUCUUUUUUAGCUGCUAAAUGCUCCACUAUGUUCACCAGCUAGCCGUUAAAUGUGUAUGUCUGUUUAGUGCUGGACAGUUAGUGUACGGUUGGGUUUUCGCUAAAAACUUCUGCCUGCUGCAGCCGGAAAUAAUGCAUUAAGACUAUCAGAGUUAAUAAAAAAGUUAAAAGCCAUAAAACCAAAACAAUGGGCCUCAUGCAAGAACCACUCGUACGAACAGAUUCGUUCUUAAGUGGCUUGAACGAGUGAUUUAGGAGAACCUGUCCCAUUCACCAAUUUCCUCGUAUUUUGAAUUUUCUCUUAGGUACCAACACAAUUUACGAGCGACCUGUCGUAGGAGUCAUGUGCUGUGUGUUAGUUUGCUGUUAGCCAAACAUACGUUUUUCACUGAAUUUAUAUUUCAUUUCAACAUCCUAUACAAAUUAAACUUCAUAAUUAAGUUGACAUUAUCCUGUUUGACUCCUAACGAUAUCAUUCAUUUAAAUUGGCCAUUGAUGCUAUUGUAUAACACUACAAAAUCAAUAUGAACAUCUCAAACUGCAAAACGACUUAAAUUACG